AUGCCUUUCAAUGUCUGGUUCAUUAUUAUUUUCUUCUUCACUGGAGCGAAAUGCACCGAAUUCGGAAUGUCGUCGAUGCCACCAACAAUCCUCACCUUGCAGAUGAUUAUUGAUUUCGCAGUGGAAGAAAAUUGGAAGCAAGUCAUUUUCUUCGAUUGCAUUGGUAACAAUGAUUGUGGUCGUACGUAUGCGAUACCACUUAUGAAUUGUUUUGCCGAUCAUGGGAUUCGAACGUCGAUCAAAUCAUUGAGCGAAACAACUGAUUUAUUCCAAAUGUUCAACGUUGGACUUAGUCGUUUGGGGGUAGUUCUUCUUCUCGAUGAUAUUGAUCUUGAUUCAGAAAACAACCUGUUUCAUAAGCUAACUCCACACAAUAAAACUACCAGACCAAUUGUUCUCGGUCCCUACGUGUCCUGGCUCGUUGUUAGUACUAAAUGGAAUACAACCCAAAUCCUUAAUACGGUGAAAGAUUGGCCUAUUGGAAUUGACACUGACUUCUCUAUCACUAUGUCCUUCUUAACUGCUGAUGUUAUUCUUGAUGUUUUAAAUCAAUUCGCAAACAGAACCUGUCGUCAUCUGCAUAGUUAUACGAAGACAUACGACUAUGAGAGACUGCGCAGGAGUCAAAGUAUUUCCCCACCGGAAAUGACAUUCGUUCAAGAGUUUAAUAAUACUUCCAAAAUCAUUAAAGUUUUUUUCAUCGCAUCGGUGUAUAAAAUUCGUACCGAGGGCAAUGAGAGUCUCGAACUAGAAAGUUGGGAUUUUUGGAAUCCUAGUCGACGACACAUUAAGAAGGAAAAAAUUACAAAUAAGAUGAGGACGAAUUUAAAGCUUCAUAUCAUGAAUUUUGGCUUGCGCAAUGUCACAAGAUAUUAUGAAACCAACGACGAUCCGACGCAAAUAAAAAAUAUCGACUAUGCGAGUAGUGUCGAGACAUUGCAGGAGUUGAUCAAUCUUUUCAUGAAGUGUCUCAAUGUUAGUGCAAAUAUCACGAAUUAUGUCACGGCGCAGACAAGCACGACGAGCGAAUUCGUGAAUGCAAUCAUAAAUGGAGAUAUCGACCUAGGCGUUGCUUAUUUCGACGUCGACCUUGAGCGCCAGGACAUGCUUUCUUUCAGCUAUCCAAUCGUUCAUUACACAAGAAGCAUUUAUUUUAAGCCUCCGCAGACAUCCAUCAAUAUAUUUUUACGGCCAUUUAGUAAAAAAAUGUUACUCUGUGUCCUAGCGACGUUGGUAUUAAUAAUAAGUGUAAUGGAGAUUAUAAAUUACGUUACACUCUUUAUUCAUUGGAAGGAGGAUAGAGAACAUUUUGGUCUUGGGGAAGCGACACUUUGGUGCAUCAGUAUCAUGUGCAUGCAAGGAUCGCCUUGGACACCAAGAACGCGAGCUGGGAAGACUGUGCUUCUGGGCAGCCUAAUGUUUUCUCUGAUGACUUACAAUUCGUAUUCCGGAUCAAUAACGUCAAUUCUGUCGGUGAAAACAACCGCGAUCAGCAACGUAUCGGAUUUCUUCGAUUACGAUUAUGUCUUCGGUUGUAGCAAAAUGGACGAUGCUUACAUAACCACCAAGGAAGAGCUACGUAACUUUUACGUAAAGGCCUUGGAGAAAGAUCAGCUGAGGGUGUCGGAACAAACGGGCCUCGAGAAGAGCAUCAAUGGCAGCUACGCGUACUUCGUUACGGAAACGGUGGCCAGGCGUAUUUUGCGCAAGGCCCUGAUGUUCCAGAGGUGCAAAAUUAACGAGCUCCAGACGAAAACGCCAGGUGUCUUGGCGUUGCCGAUCUCCGCCGUUAGUCCUUAUAAAAAAGUCAUUGAUAUCAGCAUUCUGCGGCUAUGGCAGUACGGCAUCCUGCCGAAGCUCAGUCUCCUAAUAAAGCCUCCGCUGCUAAAUUGCGAGGGUGUCCUCAAAUAUAACCAGGCGCGUUUUAUGGAUGUUUACGGGGCAUUCGUAAUCCUACUGGCGGGGGUCAUCGGGUCCAUUGUCAUUUUUUUCAUCGAGCGCACCUGGGCCAGCAGACAGAGCCUCAAGGACAUUCAGAUGCGUAUCACCGGCAAAUACGAGGAUACGCUUCGACCGCCUAACGAUGACGUCUUUGACACGACCAGGCGAGUAGACCUUCGAUUAUCCUUGAAAAUUCUUAGUUUGGAUCGUUCGCAAGGAGAAGCGAGGCAAAGCAAGGAUAAAAAUUUGUUGACUAACGACGAGUUCGGCUCAAAAGGGAUCGGUAGUAUUAAAACUCGUGACUUCGGAGGAGGAGACCUUACAAAGCCUCGAAUACGCAUCAGAGAAGUGCAAUUCAUAAGGUUUCCUGAUAAACGUCCACCUCUUUUCCCUUACUGUCCAUGA